CCAAGCUGAAUCCAGCGAUUAUUCAAACGUGUUUCAAGCCAUCACUGCUACGUUUCCCGUUUCCCGUUUCCCGCCUAGUUCCACUUUGUAAUGACAACGUACAGUGCACUCUCUCCGUCUCGAGCUGCUCGCGGCCAGCGCACUCAUUGGCCCACGGCCCAAGGCCCAUGGACGCUUCAUCGUGAACCCCUGCCCAGAACGGGGAGGCGUAGCAACAUGCUGGGUAGGCCAAGAAUAGUAGAGCCUCAUACUACUACUCCUCCGUACCGACUCUGCGACAGCCAUGACACGGCUGCACCUUGUUUAAAAUCAUGCUGUUUCCUCCCCAUGUUCUUUUGCUUCUCUCUCUUCUUUUCAUCUCUUUCACAAGUUUGCCAGUUGGACCACGAGUUUUCUCUCAUUUUUCGUUUCUUUUCUUCUUCUUUUCAUUUCUUUCUCUUCUUUGAUUCUCUCCUCACCCGUUCAUUCCAUCUUUCGACGACAAUAGGCUAGUCCUACACUCUUUUCCAGCGCCAGUCGCCUUUUAUAUAUCAUUUUAUCACUUUUGAUUCAGGUUCUCUGGCAGACCUUCACUUUCCUGGUUCU